AUUGUUAAAUAUUGGCUCGUCUUUCUAGCGCUCCCUCGUUAUUCCAACCGUCCAUGAAAUCAGCAUCCAAGAUACACCGCCCCCUUGUGCCCGCCCAUCUUUCAACGUCACAGAAACGGCUAUUUGCAUCUCGUGCUUUCUGGCAGCAGCUUGAAGCCUUACACUGCCGCUGAGUGUCCGAGGGGAAAGCGAGGGAAGCGAAGGAGUGUUCUUGUGCUUUUUCAUUCGAAGGAUAUAAGGUGUCGCAAGUCGAAAGAAAGGAAAACGGAAAAAAAAAAUCACGAAACGCUGCACUUGAAUGUGAAAAUGGAGCUUCCCGCCGCGGGAGAGCACGUCUUUGCAGUGGAGAGCAUCGAGAAGAAGCGUAGCCGGAAGGGAAGGGUUGAGUAUCUGGUCAAGUGGCGUGGAUGGUCCCCAAAGUACAAUACAUGGGAACCGGAAGAAAACAUUCUGGACCCAAGGCUACUUGAUGCUUUUGAAGACAGGGAACGUCAAGAGCAGCUGAUGGGUUAUCGCAAGAGAGGACCAAAGCCCAAGCACCUUCUGGUUCAGGUCCCUUCUUUUGCUCGGAGAUCCAGUAUACUCGCCGGCCGUCAUGAGUCUUCCCUGCAAGGAGACAGCUGUCACGACACCAAUUCCGUUCCAAUGCUGCGUCCCCAGAGCCAGCAGUACCAGCUGAACGGCAAGAAACAUCAUCAGUUCCAGCCCAUGAGCCGAGAAUGUGAGACUGAGCAGCAUGCCAACGGCACCAAGUUCUACUAUCAGCUCAACACCAAGAAGCACCACCACUACCAGCCGGGCCUCCAGAUGCAUGAGUCUGUGUUUGCGAAGCCAAGAGAGGUCAACGCGAGAGAGCUGCCCAUCAAGGGAUACAAUCUCCCCCCUGUGCUGCAGCAAAAAUGGUUCCGGGACAAGACUUCAGGCGUCCUGACCAAAGUAAAGGACAUCACCAUGGAGCUGAAAAAGCUCCCAGCCGACCUCAAUGGCCACAAAGAACAAGAGGAGGCAAAGCCUAAAGACCCUGCCUCAGUACAGCACAACGGCGUCAGUGGCAGUAAACUCAAAAUUGUGAAAAACAAAAACAAGAACGGACGGAUUGUUAUUGUCAUGAGCAAAUACAUGGAAAAUGGAAUGGAGGACGCAAAGGUUACAAAUGCUGAAUCCCAGUCGGCGGAGGCGUUUUCACAAGGAGCAGACAACGCAGAAAGGCACCUCGAGAAGAUGAAGCUGGUCAAACAUCUCGGUCUCGUUAAUGGAUUUGCAAAGAAACCCAAAGCCGACUCGGGAUUCACGGGAGAUUCAACCAAAGAAAGCGAACAGCCCGCCCACACCAAACUUGCUGUGACAGAACAGGAUCAACAUUUUGAGGUCAGGGGUCAGUGUCUGCUUCCAGCCCAUCAGCCUUUACAAUUGACACCCAAGUCUAAUCUGGUCUCUUCGCCUCUGGACACCGGAGUUCCCGUGUUCACUGAUAAAAACACAACUCAAGAUGAAUUUCAAGGAUUAAAGCGACACCAUACUGACACUGACAAUGAGGAGCAUGGAAGUAACAAGAGGUUGUUCAUCUCCCACCACACACUCUCCUCGCCCACCCAAAGCAUUAGCACGGACCAAAAUGACCUCCGGGGUCCCUUUUCAUUGCAGCACUGUGACUAUGCUGAUCAUGAUCAAGAGGAGCCUAUUGACUUGAGCGUUGUUAAGUCCAGGCCUCAAGUCGCUGCUUCCGCUGGGAGCCAGCCAGAACGACACACACAGGAUGGAACACAGACAGACUCGCAAGUGAAAGAGCAAACUGAAAGUCAGCCCCAGGCUGAAACUGAAAACAUUGCGAUUGUGGACACAGUUGAUUCGCCGACUGUUGGUCACCAGGAAACGGGAAAAGUGGAGACAGCGUUUCCAUCUUUCCAGCCGUUCCUCGGGAAUAUAGUCAUCACGGACAUUACGACAAACUGCCUCACAGUUACCUUCAAGGAGUACGUUACAGUGUAACUGUAUAAAAGUACAGGAGACGUAUUUGUAUUUUCAGAGGCUAGAAUGUGCAAACAGAACCGGUUCCUAUAUAAUUUUGUAUAGCUCAGAAGGAAAAAGCAUUUGAAUUCUUUGCUCAAUUUGCUUAUUUCCUGCAUGACAUGUCAUAUGUUGUGACUUUGUCACAUGUAAUUUCAAAAUUAGUUCAGAAAUUUAAAAGACUUAGAACUAACUGAAAAUGCACUUACAUUCUUAUUAAUGUUUUUUUUGUGCUACAGUCUACAUUCAAACUCUUGUAAAGAAUAUAGGAUUUAUAGAAAUGUUUGUAUGGAAGAAAAUUAUAUUGAAACAUGGUAAAAACAGUGUGUGUGUGUGUGUGUGUGUGUGUGUGUGUGUGUGUGUGUGUGUGUGUGUGUGUGUGUGUGUGUGAGAGAGAGGGAGAGCAAAAAGUGUGUACAGAGACAGAUACAAGCUGUGUGGAUACUUGUUUAAAAUUAAUAAGGAAAGCACCUUUGUCAAUAAAUGUCAACUGUAUUUUUGAGAAGCUGAAAGUGUUAAAUGAAACUUUAUUAAUGUUGCUUAUGUUUUUAUUUGUCCCUGCUUCUGUUGUCUGAUAGUGUGCCUCGGACACUGGUUAAGUCAGUGCAAGCAUUUAUUUAAUUUAUGUUUUGCAGCACUGCAGUGGGAAUUCUUCAUGUGAAUGAUAUCGCAAUCACAAAUAUGUGCUAGUCGAACUGUGUAGUCUAUCCGAUUCGUACCACCAGCUGGGUAGGCUAUCAUUUGACUCUCCACUCUCUGUGUGGCCCACACAUCUGCGCAGCGGCUUUAGCAUGUGUUUCGUAAGCACAUAUCAAACCCUGAUCGAAUAACUUUGAGAACACACAGUGUAAUAACAAAGGAUGAUACCAGCAUUUACAGAGAAGGUCCUCUUGUGUCUUAAAUCCUGUGCUCUAUGCCUCUCACUUUAUAGGGCAUGUUUUCACAAGAAUAACCAUUCCAGCACAUGUGAUUUGUAAAGUGUGCAGUGAUGCACUUUCAUGUUUUGUGGGCAGACUAAGUGAAUGCUUCCUUUACAGUUUUGCAAUAAUAAAAUUAUUUGCAAGUUCAA